AUGAUUUCUCGUUUGGCUUCGACUUCUUCGCUCCCGUGGUGUAUGGGAGGUGAUUUCAAUGAAAUUAUUCACUCUGAUGAGAAAAGAGGGGGGAGGAAACCGGUUAGAAGUUAUAUGGAGGAGUUUUUUCAAUGUCUUCGCGGAGCCGAUCUGUGGGAUAUUCGACCUAAAGUCGGUUGGUUCUCUUGGGCAAGUGGUACCCGGGCUAAGACUUAUGUUUGCAAGAGAAUUGAUAGAUUUGUGGCGAAAAAUGAUUGGAGGCUUAAGUUUCAGGAUUGUUCGAUUGAAACGAUUCCGAUGGCAAUGUCUGAUCACUCAGCUAUUUUGUUGAAGAUGGUUGGGGAGGAAAGAAUUUGCGAUACUAGAAAGGAUUAUUUCAAAUUUGACUUCUGCUGGGCUAAUGAAGACCAAUGUAGGGAUAUUGUGAAACGGAUUUGGGAACAAGAUGAUUCUUUCACGGCAAAGCAAAGGUCGAGGAGGACUCAAGCUAAGAGGGAAGAGAGGCGGCUAAGGGAUUACUUAACUCGACUUCAAUCAGGUCCGAUCACGGAUGUGAAUUGUGAGCUUCGUCGCAAGGCUUUGGUGGAUCUUAAGGAGGUUAUGGAUAAAGAUGAAAACUAUUGGUUCCAGAGAUCCCGUGUUGCUUGGCUUAAGGACGGGGAUCGUAACUCAUCGUUUUUCCAUGCUAGGGCUAAUGGGCGCCGUAAAAAGAAUAGGAUUGAGGGGCUGCUGAGUGAAGGGGGGUUGGAGUGA